AUGAGUGAUGCAGACGGCCCUCCGUCGUCGUCGCUAGAUGCUGCCAGUACUGAUGGCCCCGAUAUGGUACAAAGGGACAAUGUAGCACGAAAGUCUUCACCGUCUCCUCAUCGACAGGAUGAGAAACCGUCGGCUUCUCCGGAUAAUGUCAACGUGGACCGAGAUGAAGGCAGCACAAGGGCAGACUCUGAAGCCGAGACCAUUAUUCAAUCCGGUCGGGAAUCUCUUUCGCCAGAGAAGAGAAGAAAACAUAUACACCAUGCUGCUCACGUAAGUGCUGACAAAGGGCGCCAUGGGGAUGGUUUGGCCGAUAAAGAGUCGUCUCCUAAUUUGAGAAAGCGCAAGCGUGCCGAGGAGGAUUUGCGAGAUAAUGAACAAUUUGUAUUUGCGACAAAACCUCGGUCUCGGACGUCAUCUUUGUCAUCUGUCGUGAAAAGAGAAGGAACAGAGACAACUGAGCCGGUCAAAGCUCGUCGAAACUCGCUACGCUCUCUUCCCGACUCUCGUCAGAAUCCUGAUGCUCAUCCGCGUUCUCGAAAGCGCAGUCCCAGUGGGAGUGUGAUGGAUGUUGAACUCACGGAUCAUGAUACUCAUAAUCAAGAACAUCGACGUCGUCAUUCAACUAAAGAGCGGGAAAGGCGGGAGAAUACUCAUCCAACAGCAACUUCCACAUCUUCGGUGUCAAAGAAUCGUUCAGUUUCACCUUCAUAUCACUCUCAUAAAAGAGCAUCAUCAGGCCCGCAGCAAGGAUCGAGUGAGAUUCGAAAACGGAAACUUCCGGCACCCUUAGCCAAUAACCAUCGCCGACAAAGUUCUGAGGAUCGACGGUCGGUUUCAUCAUCUGCCAGCGCUUCUCCAAUGCCAUCGGCGCGCUCACGGCGACUUACUUCUGAAGGUGCCCAUGUUUCUUCGGCUAAGCCCACAGCACACAAAAAGCAACGGGAUCAAAAUGGACGUACACGCCUUGCAAGAGCUUGCGCUGCUCAGGAGUUUGAAGCUGCAGUUGCACGCCAUGCUGAGCGACCAGAGGAUUUGAAUGUCGCAGAUAACGCGGGGAACACACCUCUUCAAAUCGCUGCGCUGGAAGGUUGCGCUCCAAUUGUCAAGUUUUUAUUGGAUGCCGGGUGUGAAAUCGACACGAGGAACAUUGAUAAGGACACACCUCUUAUAGAUGCCGUGGAAAAUGGUCAUUUGGAAGUCGUUAAGCUACUUCUCGACGCUGGCGCAAAUCCUCGAUUGGGUAAUGCGGAAGGUGAUGAACCGUACGAUCUAGUUCCGUCUGAUACGGAGGAUUAUGAAAAGAUUCGAAGGAUUAUUUCUCAUGCCAAAGCAAAUCCACCGCGUAAACGACGCUCCGAAGAACACGGGACUUCAUCGUCCGCUAAAGGCUCCGUUCCUCGUGCCACGUCCGGUGCCAGUCCAAGAGAGUCAUCUCCCGCACACAUGAUGAUCAGUCCGCCUCCAGGAUCGAGUACUUUUAGCAGGCGAAAAACCGUCCGAAGCGAGGCAACGCGCAAUGACCUUCUAUGGACAAAGGCGACGCCAGAGAAUCUUUGUAAUUUCGCUGCGAAGGGUGACAUGGCUGGCGUAGCCAAUAUAUUGAAUGUUAUCCAAAAAGCGGACACCGAAUCCCUGAUUGCGGCUGCCAAAGGUGGACACGAAGACGUCAUGUCUCUGUUAUUGGGAAUGGGUGAUGCGGAUGCAGAUCCAGAACCUGUUCAAAACUCAAAUUGCAAGCCUGGUUUUAAUACGCCCAUGCUGGCAGCUAUUGGUCGGGGAAAUCUGGCUAUUAUACGUCUGUUAUUGGAAUAUCCUGGAUUUAAUCCCGCGCGACGAUUGUAUAGAGGUCUUGCGUAUUACGAAAUUGCGGAAGAUCGCAAAGGCGAGAAUUGGGAGGAAGAAGUGGAGUUGUUGAAGAGAGCAUAUGAUAAGUAUAAAGGGAUGAAGAAAGCACGGAAGGCGGAGGCCAAAUCUCCCAAACGCUCGCGGGAACAAGAAAAGAGUUCUAAGAAGCCUGCCAGACAACAAUCUUCUUCUCCGGUUAGCACUCUUCGCAAGCCUGUUCGCAGUCCGGCAUCGUCUCGUUCUGUAGAUGUUGGCAAAGAGAGUAUCAAGAAGCGAGAUCCGUCGUUGCAAAGAAAGGAGAAAUUUGCCACUACCGUCCGUCAAAAGCCGACUACCCAGGAUGACGUUCUUAGCGAGCACUCUGUUGACCACGAAAUCUGCAAGCCGAAGAGAUCUCUUGCGCAUAGACGACAAAGUGAUGCGUCCACAGCAAAUCGUGGCGAUGACGUCCCCAAACGGCGCAGGCUGAUUGCCGGGCGACCCCCGGAUCGUGACCGACGCAGGCUCAGUCUUAUGUCAACUGAUUCCGUGUCCUCACGUGAAGAACCACCCAGGUCGCAUAUUCGUGUUACAAAGGACGGGAAAGAGAUUAAAGAUACCCUGGAAGUUCCAGUGAAGCUGAAACGUCCGCGCAACAGUGUUUCUCCGGAACGAUCACGCUCGCGAGGCUCGGAGCGCGGCAGAGCAUUUGAAGAUAUUUCGCAGAAAAAGAAACGUCGCUUGCAGCACGAAGAAAGCUCCCGCAAAUUGGUCAAUGGCACUCACAAGAAAAGUGAUGAAUCUUCAACAGAAGCUACUAAGGUUUCCGCUAGUAGAAAGGAUCAUCACGAAAUAGGCAAGAAUUCCAAGGAUGCGGUUUCAGAAAAGCGUGUUGUACGUACGGGUGAAGCCUCGAUUCCGGUGAAGCAGGAGCAUAAGAAGCAAGAUGUAGAAGAGCUUGAGCGCAUACCAAUGGAUGAGAACUCUGGUAAGGAAGCUGAGGCAUCUGCUGUCAAAGCGAAGGAAGAAAUGCUGCGAAAAGAGCGCGAUGCCCGCAAGGCCCAAGAGGAGGAAGAGAAGAAAGCAGCCGAACAAUUAGAGAAGGAGCGUGUCGCCAAAGAAGAAAAAGCAGCACGUAGAGCGGAAGAGCAAGCUCGCAUUGCCCGGGAACAAGGAGAGGAAGAGGAGCGCAAGCGUAAGGAAGUUGAGCAACGACGCGCCAGACAACAAGAGGAAGAACGACAGCGCAGGGCAGAACAAGAGCGACUGCGUAUUGCCAAACUUCGCAGGGAACACGAAGAACAAGAACAGCGGCGUCGCGAUGCGCUUCCAAACCGACUUCGAAUUUCUGCGAACCUUGUGGGAGCCAAUGACCCUCGCGCAAAAAGCCAUUCAUGGUUAAAGAAAUUCAUGCCUGUGGUCACUGCACGAACCAUACAACUAGACUCCUCGUGCGGGCCUGAGGUCGCAGAGGAGGUCUGGGUUCCCAACUUCUUAGUGGCGCCUCUUCUCGCAACCAAUGACUUGCAGCUGUCUCAAUAUGCCAGUUGGGAGAAACGGCAGGCGACUUAUACACAAAGGUUGAACCUGUGGCGUGUGACGCGACGAAUAUUGGUUCAAGGAGAUGAUAUGGAGGUGCCGUGCUCGUCUUUCGGGGAGGUAAUUCAACGAGACGGCGAAACACGGCCAAAAUACUUCGGUAUGGAACAUAUCUUCUGGGUCAAGUUAUCCGACUUCAUGGACCUAGUCCCUCAUAUUCCUCACCUCAACGGCCUUGACAUUGAAUUCCUGAAAAUGCACAUCGACCAAGAGCCUUCUUCGCAUGAACUCCCCGACUCUUUAGAUGGGCCCAAAGUCAAUGGUAAUGGGUAUUAUCCUUCUGAUCGCCAUGAAACGACAGCCACUGUGAAUGGCUUAACGAAUGGAUUCGGACACAGUCGUCCAAGUACAUAUGUUUGAUUCCUGCUGUUAGGCGACUAUUGUUACCGUUGCGAACCAAUAAUGCUGUUACGUUGGGCUGGUAAUUUCAUUUGUAUUACGUGUAUGAUUAUGAUACCUCUUACUGUUAGCAACGUAUAUGACAGUUUUUUUGAUUAGAGAAUUUUGGAAUGCCUCCAACGUGUGUUCGGUACUUCGCUUC